UGCAAAAUCCUGGUUUAUCCACUUACCACUAUCCGUUGGUGUUGUCUACGUUUAGCAGAGAAUAGAAUAUAUUUGAGUUGAUAAGCUGCGAUGAGUCUCUUGUUAUGGUGGUUUGGAAUUGAUGGUUGUGGGUUUUAUGAUGUACCCAAUCUACUUGCCUUUUAACCCAGAUAUAAAAGAAAUUGAUGACUGAUAGGGGUACAGCCCAAGUCCUCAAGAACGCGAAUGGCGAUUUCUACUCUUCAACUAAUCCAUUUGUCUUCCCCCAACUCAGCAACUCCCCAUGAGGCACCCUUUCCUCCACUCUCUCUCUUACCCAAAUGCAGAUCUCUCAGAGAAAUCAAGCAAAUCCAAGCUGCCAUCAUAAAGUCCCAACUCCAACAUGAGUUCUCUGUCCUCACCAAGCUCAUAAAUUCCUGUACGGCAAACCCAUCUUCCUCUAUGGAACACGCCCAACACUUGUUCGACAGAAUUCCCCAACCUGAUAUCAUGCUAUUUAACAGCAUGGCUCGUGGGUAUGCUCGCAGCCAUUACCCAGUUCGUGCUAUGGCUCUCUUUGCCCGUGUACUUAAUUUGGGCCUCUACCCUGAUGACUACACAUUCCCGUCCCUUCUCAAGGCGUGUGCCAACGCUAAAGCCAUUGGAGAUGGGAAACAAUUGCAUUGCGUUGCCAUCAAACAUGGCUUUCAUUUUAAUGUCUAUGUCCACCCCACCCUUAUCACUAUGUAUGCCGAGUGUGGUGAUGCGGAUGCUGCAAGCCGAGUCUUUGACAAGAUUUUGGAACCCUGUGUUGUUACUUACAAUGCACUAAUCACCGGUUAUACUAGAAACAGCAGGCCUAACAAGGCGUUGGCCUUGUUUAGGCAAUUGCAAGCAAGCAAUCUCAAAUCCACCUAUGUUACCAUGCUUAGCGUACUUUCUUCUUGUGCUAUGUUGGGUGCAUUGGAGUUGGGGAAGUGGAUACAUGAGUACAUUAGAAAGAAUGGGUUCGAUGAAUAUGUAAAGGUGAACACUGCCCUUAUUGACAUGUAUGCAAAGUGUGGGAGCUUGGAGGAUGCUGUAUCUGUGUUUGAGAGUACACAGUUUAGAGAUACGCAGGCUUGGUCAGCAAUGGUUGUGGCUUAUGCAAUUCAUGGACAUGGUAGCAAAGCAAUAUCUAUGUUUGAAGAGAUGAUAAGAGCAGGUGUGCAACCGGAUGAAAUUACAUUUCUUGGUAUUUUAUAUGCAUGCAGUCAUACAGGGUUGGUGGAUGAAGGUUGCAAUUAUUUUCACAGCAUGGUUAACCAUUAUGGGAUUGUUCCUAGUGUCAAGCAUUAUGGCUGUAUGGUGGAUUUGUUUGGUCGAGCAGGGCGCUUGGAUGAGGCUUUUCGGUUUAUUGAGGACCUGCCAAUCAAUCCCACACCCAUAUUAUGGCGAACUUUAUUAUCUGCAUGUAGCAGUCAUGGCAAUGUGGAAUUGGCAAAGCAUGUGUUUGAGCGGAUUUUUGAAUUAGAUGACUCACAUGGAGGGGACUAUGUGAUAUUAUCAAAUAUGUUUGCAAGAGCUGGGAGAUGGGAAGAUGUGAAUAAUUUGAGGAAGAUGAUGAAAGAUAGAGGAGUUGUAAAGGUCCCGGGAUGUAGUUCAGUCGAGGUGGACAAUGUGGUGCACGAGUUCUUCUCAGGGGAUGGAACACAUUCUGAGUCUAAGGGAUUGCAUAGGGUACUGGAUGACUUAGUUAAGGAAUUAAAGUUGGUUGGAUAUGUGCCUGAUACUUCUUUGGUUGUUCACGCGGACAUGGAAGAGGAGGAGAAAGAAGCCACUCUUAGAUAUCACAGUGAAAAGUUGGCAAUUGCUUUUGGGCUAAUAAACACUCCUCCAGGGACAAGUAUACGUGUAGUGAAGAACCUCCGUGUCUGUGGAGAUUGUCAUUCUGCUGCAAAACUUAUUUCAAUGAUCUUUGGUAGGCAGAUAAUCCUCAGAGACCUCCAACGCUUCCAUCAUUUCAAGGAUGGCAAGUGUUCUUGUGGAGAUUACUGGUAGUAAAAAUUUGUUGUAAUCUUCCAUUAUUAAUUUUUUUUUUCUUUUUGCGAAAUUUACAUAUGUUUGUACACAGAGAAUAUUAUUAUUGUAGAUUGUAUUCAAAUGUACCAUUAAUUUCAGAAUUCCUUGGCAUAAUUGACAAUUGAAAAUCAUAUAGGAUUGUCCCCAUUCAACACAGGCUUC